AUGGCACGAACUACCCGUACACUCCUGCUCCGCCCUACCCCUGGCUCUCGUCCCGCCGACCUCUUCGACAAAAUCCUGCAAUUCCGCGCAAAGAACCCUAAUGACCGGCAAUUCCCUUUUGAAAUCGGGAAUUCUGGCAUCUUAGUAGAGCAAGUCGACGAGAACACAGUCGUCCUUUUAUCCAACGGGUUCAGCGAGAUGCUGGACCCAUAUUCCGACCCUCCGCUGGAGCGCUACACAGACGAGGACCACAUGUCCACCAACGGCGACGCAGGGAAAGACGAGAGCCGCGUGUGGAAAACGACGCGCGUGUAUGAAGUCAUCGGCAACCCUGGCCAUCCACGGCUCGUCCAAUUCCGUGGCCGGGAUCCAUGGACCGCGCUCCCGAUCCUCCAGAAGCCGGCUGCGACGCUGGCGGGGUUUCUCGACGAGCAUCGCGCGUCCAUGUAUGCGUAUGCUGCUGGAGACGACACCGAGGCGGAGCCGAGUGGAAGUGAGAAGCAUAAUGGAAAUGCCCGGCUCUACCUGAAGCUGAAUCCCGCCUACCGCCCUCUCAUCUUCCAAUGGGCCCUGCAGCUCCUCUCGGCUCUGGGUUUCAUCCACGCCAGGAACGUCAUCCUCGGCGACCUGCACGUCCACACAUGCUGGCUCUCGGCUCCGGACUUCUCCAUCUCGAUCCUCGGCUUCCUGGACGCGGUGUACAUGGAGCCCAUGCAUGGCACAAGAUACACGAACGAAUCCACCUGGGGCAGCGAAUACAAUUUCCCGUUCCACCCGCGCCUGAUCCCCGGGAGGGGGACGGGUCCCGGGGGUAGAUGGGAUCGGGAUGUGGCUACCGCGAAGACGGAUUUGUUUCUCUGGGCGGCGCUUGUCUUUGAGCUGUUGACUGGGUGCUGGCCUGCUGGUGAUCGAAAUCUUGAAGAUGUCAAGGGUAUAUUGGCGCGCGGGCUGUGGCCGAGGUUGGGGGAGGGGGGGUUGGAUGGGAUUCUGGGGAAGUGUUGGGAUCUUGGGUAUGCGGAUGCAGAUGAAGUCAAGAGGGAUCUUGUACUGGUUGUGGAGGGGGAGGGGUGGGAGGUUGGGGGUGUGCAAGGGGAUGAGAUCAGGGGGUUGGAUGGUGCUCGGAUCCUGCGAGACUGA